AUGGCGGUCAUCAACCAGAAUAUCCCACCUCCCCCUCCAACUCAUCAUCCUCCGCAGCACCAGAUGCAUCCAGGCGACAUCCCCCGAGUGAUUCACAAUCCCACUCCCGGCCCUGCGCACCUCGUCGAUGACUUGUCUCGGCUGGACAUCAACCAGGGUAGAAACCGAGUCAAAGAGCCCGUCGUCAUCAAAGAAGUCGGACCCGACCCUCGCGCCGUCUACCACUACGUCGGGUAUACGUUCUUCAAGUCGGACGCGCUGCCGGGUCAGAAGUCCACCUGGAGCAACGUCGAGAAGACGCGCAUGCAUCUGUCUCAGUUGGAUCUCCACAACCAGGUGCAGAAGCGCGCGAAGAAGUUCUCCGCCGCCGCCCAGUAUCAGAACCUGUCGCGGAUGAAGCGCACCGCCGUCGACGACUUGAUCGAGGAGCUCCGACGACAGGACCCCCGCUACGAAUGGACCUGCGUAUAUAUCAAGGAGUCGGAAAAGCCCGUCAAAGGGAAGAACGCGCGCCGCGGCGACUACGAGACCCUCUCCAUGGACAUCAUCCUGUCGCGGAGAUCCGUCAACACCGGAUCAUACUCCAAGACGCCCCAGCCCGUCCAGGUGAACUUCGAUACCACCCCCCGGGGGCGCGAGGCUUUCCAGCCGCAGUUUGCAGACCCGGUGAUCAACCAAGAGCCUCCGCGCCAGAUGAACAAGCCGUUUGAGAACGUGCAAUGGGCCGCGGGUGUCGACCCCAAACGAGCAUCCCAUCCCAUCUUCACUCAAGUCCCGCAGUCGGCGCCUCCGCAAUACCAUCCGCAGGGAGCGCCUCCGCCUCCCCCGGCCGAACAUCCCAUGGCGCAAGUGCCGCCGGUCAGUCAAGACCAAUGGGCCGGAAUCCCAGCCGCAACACCCUCAGCAACACCCCUCAGCAACACCCUCAGCAGCACCCUCAGCAGCACCCUCAGCAGCAACCUCAGCAGCACCCUCAGCAGCACCCUCAGCAACACCUACACCCCGACCUGCAGCGCGGGGGACGGAGAGUCGACACUGUUCGACCACGAGGACCUCAGUUCCGCGACGGACAGUUCCGACGACGACGGACGAUACAGCAAUCGGUCGCCGCACCCACGAGGCAGCCUCUACCGGCAACACUCGUCCAAGUCGCGACGAUCGGACCCGGGAUAUCGCACGCACUACCGCAAGCAGCCGCGGCAGGCCGCCACGCAUGACGCCAAGUACGUGCGCGCGCUGGACGCCCACGGCGGACAUCACGCUGGGCGCUAUGCCGACGGGUCCGUGGAGGUGACGCCGGCGGACAGCAGGAACCCACUGCGUCGGGUGCCGAAAGGGUAUACUCGGGAGGUCGCUCGGGUGUCCCGGGAUCGUCCGAAAAUCGUGCAAGACCCCGUCGUGGUUGCCGACGACCUGGCGCUGGUUGGUAGCUUGGGCGAGAAGUAUGACAAGUUACGGGCCCGCCAUGACAUGCGCAGUCAAAUUUUGGACGAUCGUGAAGCGCUGGUCGAGCGUCGGGAACGGCUGGUGGAACAGCGACAACGCAUGCUGGAGGAACAGCUGGGCAAUUCGUGUUAUUUGGGACGGUGUGUGUCGAUGCGUGAGCCGUACUAUCAUCGACAUUUUUGA